AUGAAAAGAAACGUUUUACUCUAUUGGUUCCUGUGGUUUAUUAUUGUCACCGUAUUUGUUGAUGAAGCAAGAAUAAACACUAUUUCUUCAGUUAAAAAAGUACUAGAACCAUUCGAAAAUGGAUUUGAUCCGGAAGUAUACCAGAACAUAACGGAAAUAAUAUCUUCGAAAGGAUACAAAUCUGAAGAGCACUAUGUCACUACCAAGGAUGGCUUUAUUUUAUGUAUUGUAAGGAUUUUGCCGAAAUGUCACGAAGCUUCAGGGAUACCAAAAGUUGUGUUCCUCCAGCAUGGUCUUCUUGACUCUGCUCACACUUGGGUUAACAAUUUGCCGAACGAAAGUUUGGGAUUUAUACUUGCUGAUAAUUGCUAUGAUGUGUGGCUUGGUAAUAGCCGUGGGAGCACUUAUUCAUCAAAACACCUUUCCUUAAAGCCCAAUGACAAAGCGUUUUGGGAGUUUUCCUGGGAUGAAAUGGGCAAAUACGAUCUUCCAGCAUCACUAUUGUAUGUUUUGAAUCAUACAGCUGCUGACAAACUGAGCUACAUCGGUCAUUCACAGGUCAGUGUUUUCUGUAAUGCAUCCGAUCUAAUAUAUCAGUCUAUUGCCUUGAACUCAUUGUUUACUGAGCAAAUUAAACCUUAUUUAUGGUGA